CGGGAAAGUGUACAGCUUUUUCAGGAGAGAACGACUCUUAUUCUCCACUGGUUUGACCUAUGGACAGAUGGGCAGCAGAAACACUUGCUUCAGCAGUUGUUAAGACGUUCCAAGCAGAGUUUGUUGGGUGAAGCAUACCAGUGCAGUGGUGUGUUUCUGGAGCUGCUGAACAGUGAAAAAGCUUACGUGCAUCUUCUACAGGCACACAGCGUCUACUGCAUUCCACUACGAGUAGCUCUGGACUCCAGCUGAGCUAUAAUUAGCUCUGCUAAUCUUGUGAUGCUCUUUAAUCCCAUGAUGGACAUCCUGGAAGCCAAUAAAGUUUUUCUGCAGGACCUUAUAGAAAGAGCUAAGGAAUGGAGUCCCGUGCAGUGUGUAGGCAAUGUGUUUGUCUGAUUCUGUGCCAAGCUACGGGUUUACACCAAUUUCUUCAACAACUACUAUGCUGCUAUCACGACCAUAGAUAAGUGUAACGAGAUGCUUCCUGCAUUUCGAGCCUUUCCAAAGAGACAUUACAGGACCCUCAUUACAAGGAUGUUAAGCCUUCAGGAGCUGUUUCUAAGUCCAUCCAUAAGGGUGGAGGACUAUGUGACUCUGCUCCACUCUCUGAUGCUUCACACACCACCUGAACACCCUGAUCACACACACAUAUCUUCUGCCUUAUACACGUUAUGGAAUUAUAGGAAGUUCAUCAACAAGCUGAAGAAGGAUUUAAACCAGGAGGAGAAAAUGCUGGAAGUCCAGAAGAUCAUUCAGAGCUGCCCAAAUCUAGAAGAGGAAGGCCGAUAUCUGAUCAGUGUGCAGGACAAGGCAUUACUGAGCUGCCUUAAUGAAGACAUCACUCAGGUACUCAGGAUGUACGAAUGUGUUAAGGAGUUGGGACUGUUUCUGUUUAACGAUGUUGUGGUGUUGACUGAAAAAAGACAGACUCUCAUGCCAUUCAGUGUCGCAGUAAAGACAUCUCGCACAUUCCUCACCUCUGUAAGCUUACGCAGCCUCAGUGUCUCCGAUAUAGUGGACACAAAGUAUAUGCAGAAUUCCUUCCUCCUAGAGAGCCCAAAUGGCCAGUGGAUCUGUGCCACGGACAAAAAGGAGGAUAAGAUGAGGUGGCUGGGUGCUUUAAGUAGUGCUUUAAAUGCAGCCGAACACAGUUAA